UCGAUCGUCUUGAGUGAGCCUUGCUCGUUGCGAUUGGUCUCCGGAUUGGACUUUGUCCCGGGGAUAGCACUGUGAUUGCCAUCGGGACAGGUGAGGACGUAUUCGGCUUUGAUGUGUCUGCUGUGUUUGUUGCCAGGACCGUAGUGUUGGAGAGAGCUGGGCUCAGAAUCUCGAAAGGAUCGCUAUGUUGCGCACGCGCUAUAGCAUAGCUAGCGUGCGCUAUUUGCUAGUGCGAUUGCACCCACCUGAUAUCUCGAAGCCUUAGCAAACGCAACGCAAUAAAUGCCUGUCCGGAAGUACAAUUAUAGUCUCGAACACACGCAUACAUACGCCUAGCGGUUCUUUUUUGUUUUGAGGGACGAUAGUAAAUCGCACGUGAAAUGGAGAAACACAGCAGGGAGCGUUAUAAAACCGAUGAGCUCGCGGUGUUGGUGGAGGAGGUCUCGUGUAGACCUACAGUAUUUAGCCCCUUCACCAACACCGUGACUCUAAAGUCCAAAGAAAAACAAUGGGCUGAAGUUGCCGAAAAAGUUAACAGUGUUUCACAUAUAAAGAGGAGUUUCCGAGAGGUCAGGAAAAAAUGGCAUGACCUCACGUCUCGCACUAAGCGCAAAGAGGCCAAACGCCGUGCAGCAAUGCGGCAGACAGGUGGUGGUGUGGGGUCCAGUCCACUGUCAGAGUGGAAGAAUAAGGUAAUAGAGAUAAUUGGAGAAACUGCAGUAGAGGGUAUCAAAGAAUUGGCUGGAAACGACAGCCAGUUGUUCAUAGGUAUGAAAUUUAAUUAUAAUGAAUUAGUCUAG